UAGGUUACACGGAACAUCAUGGCGGACGCCGCUCAAGCACGCGUGCAGAGCGCGAUGACUAAAAUGUUCGAAGAUUUAGACAGGUCUCAUUUGCGAAACAUGCAGGGAGAUAUGUACCGAUGCAGUACAGCUUGCUGUGAUGAUAAAGGCAGGAACAUGGAUCAAGUACAAAAGUGCGUUGACAGGUGUAGCAAGCCAAUAUAUCAAGCUCAGAACUUUAUUCAGGGCGAGAUACAAAACUACCAGGACCGUCUACAACGGUGCGCACUCAAGUGUCAGGACGACACGCGUGACCAGGUCACUCCGAGCACCAGCGAGGCCGAGAUGGCACGCCUCAAGGACAAGAUGGAGGGCUGCGUGGUGCGCUGCGCCGAUGAGCACAUCCAGCUGGUGCCAGCGCUCAUGAAGCGAAUACAGGAGGUUCUGCAGCAGGGCGGCUACAUGAAGCAGCAGCAGUCCUGAGGAGGCAUGGCGCGCGACGCGCGAGCAUAGAUAUACGUAGUCUCCACGUCGUCGAAAUACCUGUGCGCGAAUUGGGUCCUAGGCCAGAUGAGGCAGAGAUAGGUGUGUAGAAGUUGAACUCAAGUUUGUUCAUUGGCCGUUCGCACGCACAAACGGCUAGUUAUGUGUAUAUAGAUGUGUGUCUAUACAUGCUAUUCGAACGUUGCUAGGUUUGUACUCGCUGUGAUUUUACACGAUGAUGCCGGUGACCCGCACAGUGGAGACGCCGGGGGGGGGGGAGUAGUGCGGAACCGACCAUAAGCAAAUUCAAUGUCGACGUUCAAAGAACGCCAUCAUUACGUUGUAUAUUACCGUGUUAGAAAUAAACUUGCAAGUCAAACACAAA